AUGUCGUCCAACUUUGGCCAGACAUCAACCCCUUCGAAGGCAGUCAACAUCCCGAAUCAGUCAGGAUCUACGACAUACCACUCCCCUUCCUCGAUUGAUAGCGGUUCUCAACGACGCGCGGGAGGCUCUGGUAGUUUCGGAGCAGGCUUGACAUCGAGGAAUACAAACACUCCGAGAAGCAACCAGUCCCGGAAAAGUCAACAUAAGCGACAAAGGCGCCCUCGUUUACUAGAUGAUGAAGAGUAUAGCGAGUCUGCCAUCAUGAGAUCGACAAACAGCCGAAAGGGACAAACGUCCAUCACUCAUCUAAUGAAUUUCUCUCUCCCCCCUCGUCCUCAGUAUCAACCUCCACCGCGGAACAUUCGUCGAUAUGCGUCAUGGGGGUUAGGGUCCGGACACCAUGCCAUGGACAAAGCUCGUUACGUCCAUGCGAACUACCGGUUUAUUGUGACAUCGAACCGAGGCUACCAUGCACAGGCAGCCAACGCUGACGUCCACCUGGACUGGGAUUCUGUACUUCAGGUUUUAGUCUCGGCUCAGACUCAGUCUGCCAGCUGUCCAAUCUGCUUAUCUACUCCAGUAGCACCUCGAAUGGCUCGUUGCGGCCAUAUAUUUUGCCUUCCUUGCCUUAUCAGAUAUAUGCACUCGACCGAUGAAGAAAACUCGCUGCCUGAGAAGAAGCCACGAUGGAAAAAAUGCCCUAUUUGUUGGGACACGAUAUAUAUUACGGAAACACGCCCCGUACGAUGGUUUCGUGGUCAAGAAGGUGACCUACCUUUUGAGGGUGGCGACGUUGUUUUGAGGCUCGUGAAAAGAGAACCAAGGAGCACUCUGGCACUGCCCCGUGACGGUGCUGAAAGUAUCGGGCCGGAUGAGGAUAUCCCAUGGUACCAUGCCGCUGAGGUUGCUGAUUAUGCUCGUAUUAUGAAAGGAGGCGAAGACUACAUGGUCGGCCAAUAUGACAGUGAGAUAGAAGACCUCCGCCGCCAAGAAGCAGAAGAUGAGGUCCUGUUCGGCGACGAGACAACAUGGACGCAAAAAGCGAUUGCAGCCAUCAAUGACGCCAAAACAAAGGUGAAGGGAAUUGGUAACCCGCCAGGUAUCUCGCAGCAGCCUACAGCGAUCAACAUACCAAAGGAUUCCAGUCUUGCUCAGUCACCGACUGAUGAGGUUGCGAUAAUUUACAAAUCACAGCACGAUUCUAAAUCCGGACAAGUCACCUCGACUGAGCAGCCGGCGCAACCAGAUGCCAGCCCAGAUGUGGCAACUUCUAUGCCAGGCAUACAUAGUGAAACAGAUCGUAUGACACAGGCGUUGAAUCUUGUCAAUAUCAACUCUGUACCUGCGGCGAAAGCCAAACAGAGAGAUCCUGGCACUGGUCGGGUUUCAGCGUCGUCUGAUCACCCAUUCUACUUUUAUCAAGCACUACCCCAUUUCUAUCUCUCGCCUCUUGACAUCCGCAUUCUAAAGACUGCAUUCGGCGAUUAUUCAUCGUUCCCUGCGACCAUCCUUCCUCGCGUUGAACACAUAUCCACUGGUCAUAUCGUUGACGAUGAGCUCAGAAAGCGGGUUAAAUAUCUCGGUCAUCUCCCACAAGGGUGUGAAGUAAACUUUCUCGAAUGUGACUGGCGGGAUGUGGUUGGGCCAGAGAUCUUAGAGCGCUUUGCGGCCGAAACGGCGAGGAGAAGAAAGAGAAAUAGGGAGAAAGAGGCUCGCGAAGAAAAAGACCGGGUUCGUGCUCAGAAGGAGGAUGAGAAACAUUGGGCUGCCGUUCGUCGCAAUAGGAGGUCAAGCAUUAGCGUUACUGACCCUUUGUUCUUUGAUCACGACUUCCAACCCUUAACGGGCGGUGCUUCGGGCCCUGGCCCCUCAAAUUUUGGUUCUUCUACAUCGCCUCCCGAAUCCUCACAUCCUGGAGCUGCUGAUUCGUCAUCAACCAGUCCUCCAGGCGUUCGCACCGUGUGGGGGACAGCCGCUGUUCCAACACUCGCCCAGCAAGCAGGUUCACCUCUAGGGGCUGCUCCUCGCGAUGGUUGGCUUGAGGGGUGGGAGGAGGAGUUGUUUGCCCAACAGGAGCACGAAUUGCUGGCUCAAGCCGCUACAAAUGAAAAUAACCCUUCCACUUCCGGUGGCGGAAAGAAGAAAAAGAACAAGAAGAUCACACUCAUGUCGACUAACAUUCAAAGAGGCGCCUGA